AUGGCAGAUGCAUCGAGGUAUUCAUCAGAUCUGCUUUCCAUCCCCGGGGUAGCGUUCGAUGUAAAGAUUUCAGACCCCGCGGAACGAAUCAGAGCAUAUAUUCGGGGCUAUGCCUCUCCAGCAUCAGCCGAUGGCCAAGAUGCGAUGGACGAUAAGUUGAUGCGCGAUCAAAUAACCCUUGUCUCUGUAAGCAGUUGCGAAGAGGAGACGAUGGCAAUUUUUCUGGUAAAAGGCGGCUCAAACUUAUCAAACAGGCUGGGAAAUUUACACGGCGGCGCGAUAUCGCUCAUCUACGACAUGUGCACAACCAUGUGUGCGGCCCCUCUGGCAAGAGAGGGCUUCUGGGAAUUUGGAGGCGUAUCUCAAAAUUUAUCCGUCACGUUUUUGCGACCAGCAAAGGCGAAUAGGCAAAUAUUGGUCAAGUGCCAAGUCUUGAAGAUCGGGAAACGGCUUGCCACAAUACGAGGCGAGAUGAGAGAUAAAAUAAAUGGAACUCUCUUGUCAGUUGCUGAACACACCAAGGCGACUGUGUCGUUCGUUUCGUCGAAAGCGGCUCUAUAG